AUGAACGGAGUCAAGAUGGAGGUUGAUGCUCAGAUCAAGCCCGACCCGGACACCAAGUCGCCCGGCGGCCCUGGCUUCGCCGACAUCGACGACAUGUACGAGGACACCGGCGAGCUCAAUAUCCCGACCGACUUUGGCGACCGCCAGGUGUGGUUGACGCGCGUGCCCAAAUGGUUGUGGGAGGUCCUGUCCAAGGCCGAGGACGACGACGAGAUUGAGAUUGGUCGCAUUCUGGAGUGGCAGGAGGGCAACGACACCAAGAGGAAGCUCCAACUGCGCCAGACUGUGGGUGAUUUUGCCGACUACCCCAAGGAGUACAGGCUCAACGUCACCAACCCGAACCCGAUCAACGAGUAUGUCUUUUCCGAGAAGGAUCUGGAAGGAUACAACCCCAACGCCUACAAGCGGCCCCGCCAGGGCCAGCAGGGCAGUUUUGCCGGCCAGGGAGGCGGCGUUAAAGACGGCAGGGUAGACAAGUGGUGGAACCGAGGCGGCCGAAACGGAAGGAAGCAGCCGAUUCCCAAGCAUACAACCCUCGUGGCCCGGUCUGCUCUCGACGUCAACUGCGUUCCUGUUGAUAAUGCCGAGCUGGCGCGCUUCCGUUUGCGCGAGAACAAGAAGACGCAGCAGGCGUCCAACCGCUUGGUGCUCGAGAACAACCUGCACGAGUUCACGCGCCUCAUCGGUGGCACUACCCCGGCUGGCAACCCCACUAUCGACAUCCAGGCAGCCAGGGCGAAGCCAAAAACCCAGGACAACAAGUUUGCCCGUAUCCCGCAGAACCAGCUGCUGGAUAUGCUGCUCAAGCUCUUCCAAGAGUACAAGUACUGGCCUAUUAAGGCGCUCAAAGAGCGCACCCAACAACCCGAAGCCUACCUCCGCGAAACGCUUUCCAAGGUGGCCACCCUCGUCCGCACUGGCCAAUUCGCCAACACGUGGAUGCUCAACAGGGACGCUGAGGAAAGCAACUACCUUGUCAACUUGGACGAGACGGAUGUCAAGGAAGAGAUGGCGCCCGAACCGGAGAUGGGUGAAGAUGACGACGAAGGCGACGAGGAGAUGGAGGAUGCUCUGUGA